AAAGAAAGAAAGAAGAAGAACAACGUCUCAUCAGAACAGAGAACGAUGUUUGAUGUUUGAAAUUUAAAACAAUUUUGAAUUUUAAUCAUCUAACAGGAAAAUGUACGAUACUGAAGAUCUUUGAAGGCGUUAUAAAUAAAAAUAACAAAUAUGUCUCACAAGGAUCGACCUUGUAUGUAUAAUGAAAAUCAUGUUUUACAAGUAAUUGAUCAAAAUGGAAUAGCAGAGGAAAAAAAUAUAAAUUUAACUAUCAUGAAUUGUAACGAUUCUUUGCAAAUCAAGAUUCGCGAUCCUACUGAAUACAAUUUCAAUUAUACAGAGGUUAUUGACUUAGGUCUUUAUGAAAUGAUGAGAACCAAACAAAAUCUCGAUAUCAAUUUCAAUGAAUUCAAAAGCACCUUGCUAGAUUUGUUGCAGCAAGUACAAAGAAAAGAAAUGUUCUUGAAGUGUGAAACCACAGAGCAGCUGUGUACUUUGGUAUAUUAUUAUAAGUCAAAAAUCAAAUCAACUGUGUACUUAACAUUGGAUUUGCAUGUAACUAACCAGAAGGAAAUUUUUGAUGAACUAAUAAAUAAUUUACAGCAUAUUCAGGACAUCAACAACAAACUAAAAAAACAAUUAUCUAAUGUUAAAAAAAAUGUUCUGGAAAGAGAUCAACAAAUACAUCAUCUUACUAUCCUUCAGAAUCAACUGGAAAGGCAGUUUCAUAAUCAAUUGAAACAAUUUGAAGAUUUGUGUGGUGUUAAAUUUAGGGAAACAGAGGAUGUAGUAUUGUCCAAGAUUCGUUUGACUAAGCACAGAGUUGAUAAUUUGGUAAAUACCAUUGAUAUAUUAAAGAAAAAAUUUAUUUUCGAAAAAGAGUCAAGUACACGAUUAAUGAAAACUUUGGAAAGUUUUCAAAAGGAAAAUGCAGAAAAUUUUGCUUUGAUUAACCAACUGAAGAAAGAAAAUAAUGCAUUGCAUGCUGUGCAAAUUAAUCAAGAGAAGAGUAAUGCAGAUUUGAGACACAUUUUGAAUGAUAGGGAUUCAAAAAUUAAAGAUCUCCAAAAAAAAAAUGAGGAACUGAGGUCUGAUAAUGAGAAAGCAGCGAUUAUCGUUACCCAAAAAAAAACAACAAUCGAUGAGUUAUCAAAAGAUUUAAUACAAGCUAAUCAAAUGUUGGUUAAUUUCAAUAACCAUUAUGAUACUAAAGUGAAGCAGGUUGAAGAACUUCAGACCGACCUUAGGUCCAAAGAUGAAAUGCUCAACAUUCAAAAGUCAAACUAUGAUAAACUACUUGCUGAAUAUGAAAGAUAUAAAGUAACAUAUAAUAAUGAUGGAUAUGAUAAACUCCAACAUGAACUGCGAAUGGCCAACACAAAAAUUGAAGAAUUGGAAAAAACACUAAGGAAAGCCAAUAAGAUAAACACUUUAUUAACUGAAAAGGUCAGUCACCUGUCACUUAAACAUAACUAGGACCAUACUAGAAGAUGAAUUCUGAAAUUUUUUAUCAAGUAUAUUUUUAGAUUGAUUGUGAAGGAUAAGUAAGUUUUAUACAACCAAAAAAUGAAUAAAUGUUAUUUUUCAA